GAGGAGAUAGGGCUGAGCUCCUGAAGGGCAUCAGAUGAGAGCAGGAGAGGUGGAAGACCACUGAGCCCAGUCUGCCGCUUCUCUACAUCUUCCCCCCCAUUCCUCCUGGCUGCACCCCGCUCCCCUCAGCAUGGAAAGCAAAUUAAACUCAUCGUCUAACAGCAAGGACGAAGGGAACAACGUCUUGCCGGGGAAAGCAGAGAAAAGUCUGACAGCCAGCAGUGCCAGCGUCAAGGAGCAUGGCAACUCCGUCUGCUUCAAAACGGACGGUGAGGACCCCGUGGUGGGCUUUGAAGACGCGGAGGGGCCCAGCCGGCCCUAUGGGUUCAUGCAGAGGCAGUUCAGCUCCUUACUGCAGCCGGGGGUCAAUAAAUUCUCCCUCCGCAUGUUUGGCAGCCAAAAGGCAGUGGAGAAAGAGCAGGAAAGGGUUAAAACUGCAGGCGUCUGGAUCAUACAUCCCUACAGUGAUUUCAGGUUUUACUGGGACCUGGUAAUGCUGAUUAUGAUGGUGGGAAAUCUUAUCAUUAUACCAGUUGGGAUAACCUUCUUUACAGAACAGACAACAACUCCCUGGAUUAUAUUCAAUGUCGCCUCCGACACUGUAUUUUUAUUUGACUUAUUCAUGAAUUUUAGAACUGGCAUUGUCAUUGAAGACAAUUCUGAGAUAAUACUAGAUCCAAAAGUCAUAAAGAUGAGUUAUUUAAAGAGCUGGUUCGUCGUUGACUUCAUCUCCUCUAUCCCAGUGGAUUAUAUCUUUCUCAUUGUAGAGAAAGGAAUGGACUCGGAGGUGUACAAGACUGCCCGAGCUCUCCGCAUUGUGAGAUUUACAAAAAUCCUCAGUUUAUUACGUCUGCUGCGACUUUCAAGACUAAUUAGAUACAUUCAUCAGUGGGAAGAGAUUUUCCACAUGACCUAUGACCUUGCCAGUGCUGUGGUCAGAAUCUUUAACCUCAUUGGGAUGAUGCUGUUACUAUGCCACUGGGAUGGCUGCCUGCAGUUUCUGGUUCCUCUUCUUCAGGAAUUCCCAAGUGAUUGCUGGGUUUCCUUGAAUAAUAUGGUCAAUGAUUCCUGGGGAAAGCAGUACUCGUACGCACUCUUCAAAGCCAUGAGCCAUAUGCUGUGCAUUGGUUAUGGGGCCCGGGCUCCCGUUAGCAUGUCCGACCUCUGGAUAACUAUGUUGAGUAUGAUUGUUGGUGCCACGUGCUAUGCCAUGUUUGUGGGCCACGCUACAGCCUUAAUCCAGUCCUUAGAUUCUUCACGUCGACAAUAUCAAGAAAAGUACAAACAAGUGGAACAGUACAUGUCAUUUCACAAACUGCCUUCUGACAUGCGACAGAAGAUACACGAUUAUUAUGAGCACAGGUACCAAGGAAAGAUCUUCGAUGAGGACAAUAUUCUGAGUGAGCUCAACGAUCCACUGCGGGAGGAAAUCGUGAACUUUAAUUGCCGAAAACUGGUGGCUACGAUGCCUCUGUUUGCCAACGCAGACCCCAACUUUGUCACAGCCAUGCUCAGCAAAUUGAGAUUUGAGGUCUUCCAGCCCGGAGAUUAUAUCAUCCGUGAAGGAGCAGUUGGGAAGAAGAUGUAUUUCAUUCAGCAUGGUGUGGCUGGCGUCAUUACUAGAUCCAGCAGGGAAAUGAAACUGACUGACGGAUCAUAUUUUGGAGAGAUAUGCCUUUUAACUAAGGGCCGCCGGACAGCCAGCGUGCGAGCCGAGACCUAUUGCCGUCUGUAUUCCCUGUCCGUGGAGAAUUUCAAUGAAGUACUUGAAGAAUACCCCAUGAUGAGAAGAGCAUUUGAGACCGUCGCCAUUGACAGAUUAGACAGGAUAGGGAAGAAGAACUCCAUUCUCCAGCAAAGGUUUCAAAAGGACCUCAACACGGGAAUAUUCAACAACCAAGAGAGCGAGAUACUGAAGCAGAUUGUGAAACAAGACAGGGAGAUGAUAGAAGGGAUUCCCUCAGUUAGCUAUCAGCAACUGCCAGCACUAAAAUCUAGUUCCAAUACAUCAUUGAGAAUCAGGACCCAGUCGCCACCUGUAUAUACUGCAAACAGUCUUUCUCAUGGAAACCUACAGUCUCAAUCACCAAGUCCACAGACACCACAGCAAGCUGCUAUGUUUUCACCUUCCUCUUUUACUGGGGCUGUUUGUAGUCCUUCAGUACAGAGCCCACUGGCAUGCCGAACAUUUCAUUACAGUUCCCCCACUGCAUCACAACUUUCAUUAAUGCAACAACAGCAGUCAGUGCCUGGUGGACCACCGACCAAUGAAGUUCACGGGAGCACUCAAGCUCUACCAAAUUCAAACCUAUCAAGAGAAGUGAGGCCUCUUUCUGCUUCACAGCCUUCUUUGCCCCAUGAGAUCUCUACUUUGGUGGCAAAGCCACAUCCAACUGUAGGGGAGUCAUUGGCUUCCCUGCCACAGCCUGUAUCCAAUGUUCAAGGUGCAGGUGCUCAGUCUGGAAAUCGGUGCAAUGUCCCUCCACGGGUUGCUUUGUUUCGCCAGAUGUCUUCGGGAGCACUACCUCCUGCAAGGCCUGGAGCUCCAACACAACUAGCUACAUCGGCUCCAGCUCCUAGUAAAGAUUCCUCCACAGUACCAACCACAGACACAGACACAGACAAACCACGUUAUGCUUCAAAUUUAUGAUGCCUCUUACCUGUACAUAUUGACAUCACUGUAAUAAACUGAAAACAUCCCAAAAAAACUCUUUUAAUCUUUAGAAUCCUAAUAUCUAUCAUGAAGAAAUAUUUUAGAUGGCUCAAGUAUACAUAAAGAAUGUAAAAUAUAUAUAUAAACUGUUUAGCACUAAAACUUCCAUGAAUAUAAAUUCAUAUACAUAUGUGUGUCUUCCUUUAUUUUAAACAUUAA